AUGAUUCCAGCCCAGAUGGGAUUUUUCCCGCGCAAACGGUAUAAGAGAAACACGUGCACAUCGGCCUCUGCAGACGAUAUUUCUGACUCUGACAGGAACACGUUCCGCUGCAUCAUGAAGUUCCUCAUCGUUGCAAUUGUGCUGGCCGUUCUGGCUAACGCAGAGGCCGCCCCGAAGUUCAAGCCCAAGAUGGCUCCCCAGCCGCGCAUCACCUGCGACCUUCUGAGCUUCACCCUCCCAAUCGGCAGUUUCGGUGACUCCUUAUGCACAGCUCACUGCUACGCUCUGGGAUACAGAGGCGGAUAUUGUGAUGACCGAAACGUCUGCACUUGCCGCUAGAAGAUGAGUCAUCAAAGUGACGUUGUCCUGCGGACCGACCGUCAACAUAAAUACCUCUUGAUCCGACCUCUUAAUAAAUGAUUCUUCAAUCA